GGAGGCUGACAGAGAAAUGGUGAUGAUGCCAAGCCUGCCUCGAAGGUUCGUGCAUGAGAUGGAAUUUGAACACAGGGCUCCCAGGAUCAAAGCCAACCUCUUAUGUCUUGUGCCACACUGCCUCUCAUGCUGAGCCCAACCAUGGCUGGAGAUUCUAGAAUCUUCAUGAACCAGGACAUGGAAAUUGGCGUUACUCCGAGAGAGCAUAAGAAGAUUCCCAAGCAAGUCCGGGAUGAUGUUCCCAUCGCCACUGACCGAACACGUCUCCUGGCUGCAGAGAUCAAGAAGCCAAGGCAACGCUACAUGGAGAAAAGCGGCAAGUGCAAUGUGCACCACGGGAAUGUCCAGGAGACCUACCGAUAUCUCAGUGACCUUUUCACCACCUUGGUGGACCUCAAAUGGCGCUUCAACCUUCUUGUCUUCACCAUGGUCUACACCAUCACCUGGCUGUUUUUUGGUUUCAUUUGGUGGCUCAUUGCUUACAUCCGAGGAGACCUGGAUCAUGCAGAAGACGAAGACUGGAUCCCUUGUGUCGACAAUCUCAGUGGGUUUGUUUCGGCAUUCCUGUUCUCUAUUGAGACGGAGACCACCAUUGGGUACGGCCAUCGAGUGAUCACUGAGAAAUGCCCAGAAGGCAUCAUCCUGCUUUUGGUCCAGGCCAUCCUGGGCUCCAUAGUCAACGCGUUCAUGGUAGGGUGCAUGUUUGUAAAGAUCAGCCAGCCCAAAAAGAGAGCCGAGACCCUCAUGUUUUCCAACAAUGCUGUGAUAUCCAUCAGGGACGAGAAGCUGUGUCUCAUGUUCCGGGUUGGGGACCUGAGGAAUUCCCACAUAGUAGAGGCUUCCAUUAGAGCAAAACUGAUCAAAUCCAAACAGACCAAAGAAGGGGAGUUCAUCCCUCUAAACCAAACGGACAUCAACGUGGGGUUUGACACAGGGGACGACAGGCUCUUCCUGGUCUCGCCUCUCAUCAUCUCCCACGAAAUCAAUGAGAAGAGCCCCUUCUGGGAGAUGUCCCGUGCCCAGCUGGAGAAAGAGGAGUUUGAAAUCGUGGUCAUUUUGGAGGGGAUGGUGGAAGCAACUGGAAUGACUUGCCAGGCUCGGAGCUCCUACAUGGACAAGGAAGUGCUAUGGGGCCACCGCUUCACUCCUGUUCUGACCCUGGAGAAGGACUUUUACGAGGUCGACUACAACUCCUUCCACAGCACCUACGAAACCAACACACCAGAGUGCUGUGCCAAAGAGCUGGCAGAGUCAUUCCGGGAGGGACACCUGCUGAGCCACCUGUCCAGUGCCAACCUCUUGGGGGGAGAGGAGCUGGAGAAGUCGAAAGAGGAAGAGGGGGAGGGGGAGGAAGAGGGGGUCGUCCAGGAGAAGGACAUGAGCAAAGAGGAAGGCCAGGAGCCAGCUGAGUCGAAUGGAGCCAAUGGAAUGGCAGGGGAGCUGAAAGACAGCAUGUCCUUAUAACACAGAUUUGGGUCGAACUAUUGAAAAUUCAGGUGCAUCUACCAGGGAAGGGGCCCAAGGAGAGCUGGGAGGGUGGACUUAAGACUAUGGGACCAUGCUCUCAUUUCCAGCUGUGUGACUGAACUCAGACGGGCUUGAACAUCUGUUUGGGCUUCUCCCCCUCUUUCCUGCAAAAUGCAAUUACUACAGGGACUUACUCACCACUUUGAGAUCCAUGGACACCAACAAAUGUUCUAGAUGAAAAGGACGGUAUUAUGAUUGUGAUGACCUUAACUAAUAGCGACGUUUCACAAGUGUGUGCUUUGAAUGCCUCUCUUCUGGCAGAGGGAGGGCAUGUAUUGUGGGGGGACGGGACCCUCUUUGGGGAAUGGAAUGUAGCUGCAAAUC